AUGACUCUCGAAUUCGAGGUUCCGAGCUACGACGACGCUGGAUCAGAACAGCGCAUUUACGCAAAAAUCCUGGCCGAAAUCCUUUGUGCAUGUGCAGAACAUAUACGUCCAUAUGAAGUUGUCGAGGAUGAAAAGGUCGCCAUGCGUAAAUUGAGUGAUGCCUAUAUACAUUGGGCGCAUGCGUUAAAAAGGAAUGGAGAAUAUAACGAAGCUAUUGAAAAAUAUUAUAAAUCAUACACAUUGAAUUUACAAUGUGGCGACGCAUCUGCGGUAGACGCUCGAUUGACCAAAUUCAUCGAAAAACUCAAGAACAAUGAGUUUUCAGAUCCAACUGCACUGUUGUCGGAAUAUAUACUUUUUUCACCCACUGAUGGAACACGCCUAUGGUUGCAAAUGUGUGCAGCAUAUCGUCACGAGCAAUAUGAAGGUGAUGAUUCCUCUGAUCCAAUAGAUACUGCGAUCAAUGCAUGCUCAAAAGCAUUAGGAAACGCUACUGAAUUUUCACCGACACUCAGAGUCGCAUGCCAUUAUGCCAUGUUGCGAAUCUAUAGAGACUUACGAUAUCCAGACGAUACGGGUAAAACCUUCAUUGAACAAAUAGCCAAAGACGGUGAUUAUAAAACACGUCAAGAUCAUCUUACUGUUUUUGAUCAACGACUUUUAAGUCAAUGGAUACGUGAUUUCAUCAAUGAAUAUAAUGAACGAUGUGACGAUGAAGAAAUUCCCAGUACUUUGGCUGACGAAUUCUUCCUACCUACACUUGAAGAUGGAAUGGUCGAACUAAAUGACCGAUCACUAUGUCUAGGCGAUACAUUGAUAUUAAUCAAUGAUUAUCCAGGUGCAGUAGCCUACUGGGAAUGGAUUCUUAGCGAAUGCGAAACUUUCUACUCGACAUCGGUAAAAUGUCUCAUUUACGAUGAAGAGACAACGAUUGAGCAGGUCUUCAAUGAACUACAAAGAUUACAAGAGAAUGCCAAUGAAUAUAUGCUGCGUUUGGUGACCAGUCACGAGCAACUCAGUCGCUACUAUAUUCAAGCGAGUGAACGACCAGGUGUGUCAGCAUCAGACGCUGUAGAUUAUUUGGAGGAAGCAACUCUACAAUGUCAAGCAGCUAUAAAACUACGCGCGCAAAUGGCUCGUGAUGGAAAACCAGGAACUGUCGACUUGCAACGGUUACUAAAAGAAAUCGAAAAACAAUUGACUGAAGCCACGGUCAAAGUGGAACAGGAAGGAGAAGAAAACGAUAAUGACAGUGAUGAUUACGAGUCUGAUAUGGAAAACGAGAACAACGAUGCAGACUAA